AGCCCUAUUAGUUACCAAGCAACAAUGCCACCAGGCUCCGCGGCGCUGGGAAACUCGGGUGCUUGUGAUCUCUUUGGUUCCCACUUACACCAGCCUUCCCGAGCCCGCGUAGGCGAUUGCGACCCGGCCCCGCCCCCUGGGCCCUGCAGGCUCCCGAUUGGUGGAUGAUUCUCUCCAGACAUCUGAAGAGCUACCAUGUCUGGGGCAUCUGUCUCAGAACAGAACAAUAACAGCUAUGAAACCAAAACCUCAAAUCUUCGAAUGUCAGAGAAGAAAUGUUCAUGGGCCUCCUACAUGACCAACUCCCCGACUCUCAUCGUUAUGAUUGGUUUGCCAGCCCGGGGUAAAACCUACGUGUCUAAGAAACUAACACGCUACCUCAACUGGAUUGGAGUGCCCACCAAAGUGUUUAAUCUUGGGGUGUAUCGGCGUGAAGCAGUCAAGUCCUAUAAGUCCUACGACUUCUUUCGGCAUGACAAUGAGGAGGCCAUGAAGAUCCGCAAACAGUGUGCUCUGGUGGCGCUGGAAGAUGUUAAGGCAUAUCUCACUGAGGAGAAUGGUCAGAUUGCGGUGUUUGAUGCCACCAAUACAACCCGGGAGAGGAGGGACAUGAUUUUGAACUUUGCUGAACAGAAUUCCUUCAAGGUAUUCUUUGUGGAGUCUGUCUGUGAUGAUCCUGAUGUCAUUGCUGCCAAUAUUCUGGAGGUUAAGGUGUCGAGCCCUGACUACCCUGAAAGGAACAGAGAGAAUGUGAUGGAGGACUUCCUGAAAAGAAUUGAGUGCUACAAAGUUACCUACCGACCCCUUGACCCAGACAACUAUGACAAGGAUCUUUCUUUCAUCAAGGUGAUAAAUGUGGGCCAGCGAUUUUUAGUCAACAGAGUCCAGGACUACAUCCAGAGCAAGAUAGUCUACUACCUCAUGAAUAUCCAUGUCCAGCCUCGCACCAUUUACCUUUGCCGCCAUGGAGAAAGCGAGUUCAAUCUCUUGGGGAAGAUUGGGGGUGACUCUGGCCUCUCCGUGAGGGGAAAGCAGUUUGCCCAAGCUCUAAGGAAGUUUUUGGAGGAACAGGAGAUAACAGACCUCAAAGUGUGGACAAGCCAGUUGAAGAGGACCAUACAGACUGCUGAGUCUCUCGGGGUGCCCUAUGAGCAGUGGAAGAUUCUGAAUGAGAUUGAUGCUGGCGUGUGUGAAGAAAUGACCUAUGCCGAGAUUGAGAAGCGGUACCCAGAAGAGUUUGCACUUCGAGAUCAAGAGAAGUAUCUGUAUCGAUAUCCUGGUGGGGAGUCAUACCAGGACCUGGUGCAGCGGCUGGAGCCUGUCAUCAUGGAGCUGGAACGUCAGGGCAAUGUCCUCGUCAUCUCCCACCAGGCUGUCAUGCGCUGCCUCCUGGCCUACUUCUUGGAUAAGGGCGCAGAUGAGCUACCAUACUUGAGAUGCCCUCUCCAUACCAUCUUCAAACUUACUCCUGUGGCCUACGGGUGCAAAGUGGAAACAAUUAAACUUAACGUGGAGGCUGUGAACACGCAUCGUGAUAAGCCAACUAACAACUUCCCCAAGAACCAAACCCCUGUAAGGAUGCGAAGGAACAGCUUUACGCCUCUGUCCAGUUCGAAUACAAUAAGGCGUCCAAGAAAUUACAGUGUUGGGAGCCGGCCCCUCAAGCCCCUCAGCCCUCUCCGUGCCCAGGACUUGCAAGAAGGGGCCGACUAGCCGAAGACCCAAGUCAGCAUUCCGGUGGUGUAACCGUGUGUUUCCCUCCAGCCCUGGCCUCCUACCUUUGCCACUAAUCACCAAGGAGUCAUUUAACUUCCUCCCUCCACCCCCACCCUGACACUUCACCAUGAAUCUUAACACAGAACACGAGGUUACAUGUUUAUAGGACAACUUUAGCUGUUCUCCAGUUUGAAGCAUCUUUCCACCCAGGGACAAGUUAGCAAAUUGAGUCUUUUAGGACAGAUUCUCAGAUGGGAUGGUCUGGAGGAGGGAGGAAAAAGAUACCCUCCCUUGGGGCUGAGCAUGCCCCACACUCUUGGUUAUUCUCUCUGUUCUCUGGUGUCUUACUUCACUAAUGUCCUCGUGUUGGUGAAGUGUUGGGGGAUGGGGGGUGGGUGAGCAGUGGGGGGACAAAAAGUCUAUUUGUCCUUCACUUUCGUCUCUUCAUUUUGUGUUUUCCUCACAGUCCUUACUUGACUGCUUUCUUUCCCCACUUUCAUGUCCCCUCUGGAUUGUCCGGUGUAAUCCAUGACAUUGUGGUGUCUGUCUAGGAAGGAAGGGGUGAUUGGCAAGAGACAAGUCUGACCCAGUUGAUGCUUUCUGCAGUGGGUCUAAAUGGAUCGGGACUGGAGGAGUCUUUCCUUUCCUUUCUCCCUUUCUCUCCAGCUAGGUCCUGCAAGGGCCAGCCUAGGCUACAGAACAUCCACAGAAUAUUCUGGAGCUUGCAAGUGGACAUAGGGUGAGAGUUGUUGCCUCCUUUCAUGAGAAACAGUUCUAAGCCUUUGAUGCCCUGGGGGAAUCUGGCUCUCAGCAUGUGGGAAAUGUCUUGGUUUUUAUUUUUAACUUAGUCAGGCCUGGGUCUUUGAGGUCCGCAGAGUGGGGUUUAGGAGAGUAGGGUGGGCUCUAGCUCUUACAGGACUCUUGGUGAGCAGUCAUAUCUUUUCUCCCAUGGCUCCCAGGUUCUUUGCCAAUCACAGCAACUUUUCCUGCCAAUCCAGUAUCCUCUGGGGCUGUUUAGAAGGGCGGUUAGAUUCAGGAGUCACCACUGAUGUUUGAAUUGCUCAAGGCAAGAGGCAGAGAAGAGUUCACUAAAACUGCUUAUUUUUGAAUACUUUCAGCACACUCUCCUUUAGAAGAAAUAAACAUCAAAACAAAAUAGUUUUUACAUGAGUAUUUUUUCCCCCAAAUGUGGAAAAGCUUGAUGAUGAAUUUAAUCUCUCUCAUUGAGUAUUCUUCUGUUCAUAAGGAGAAACUAUCUCAUCUUGAUGUCCAGAGAAGUCCUUGGAACCCUGUGGGAUGUAGCUCUUAACUGUUUGUAUUUCUCUAUUCAUUUCUGUCAUUUCAUUUUCUUUGUAGGCUUAAACAUAAAAUCUUCAGGGAAGAAAUUCUUAGCCCCUUGAUGACCUUGAUGGCUUAUCCUCUUUCCCAAUUUUGCCUGCAAAAUGUACAACUAUAUGUAUGUUUUUCUGAGAGGCAAGUUUAGGGUUCUUACGGGAUUUUAAAAAGAGAUAGGUGACUCCCCACCUUAAAGUUAUCAGCUUGUGUUUUAGAGGUAACCAGUGGGAAGAAGUUAGCUGUUUUCCAAGGGUGUUUUCAUUUGGUAAUGGAAGACUUUUUGCUGUGGUUCUCAUCCAGGAGUUUUCCUUAGAAUCUCCUUUAGAAUUGUUGAAUCAUAAACAUGUCUGUGUCUACCUUUUGCUUAAUACUGACUCAGAAUCUCUGGGGUCUGGGUCUGAACUUGCAUGUAUUUAAAGUAGCUUCCCGGAUGAUUCUGAUUCAUAGCCUGGGUUAAGAACUCCACCUUAGAAAGUUAGGUGGAAAAAUACUGGGAUAGUAGUUCCUCAGACAAAAGCGUCAGCCUAGGAAUUCUGAAUUCCUCAUCAUCCUGAAAGGACAGUUCUUUGGGUUUGAUGUUUGAGCAGAUCAUAAUGUUAAAUGAUAUAACCCCCUGGAAGGCAGGCUGCUGUGUUUGAGGGUUAUUCUAGGUUCUAGUCUCAUCUUUAACCCUUUACAUUGCUGAGUGAUGUGGAACAGAUCACUGAAUUAAAUAAUUGCCUCUGGAUUUUAAGCACCCUGGAGAGAGGUACAGACCCUGCAGGAUGAUAAAGGUUGUCUUCACUGGCAACUGACUCCUGACCCCGAGUCCUUUACUCAUGUGUCCCAAGUAGGACACCACAGCCAGCUUCUAAAGGCUGCUUACGUAGAUUCUUCUCAAAAUUGUGUCCAAUAUGUUAAGUAACCUGCUAUUCUUGUUUAGUGGUUAUAUAACAUGUACUUAGUGUCUUUGUGGGGCUUUGGGCCAGUGCGGGCAGGGAUAGGGGAAAGAUACAUAGAAGUAGAAGCAAAGGUCCUUGCCCAGAGGAAGGUUAUUUUAAGAGACAGGAUAUGUAAUUUAUAACAAAUGGACAUUUGCAAUACAGCAACACUCUGAGUCUAGAAGUGUUCACCAUCACAUCGCUUCUCCUGACUUUUCUGUUGUCCUGUGGCUAUGAGACUACAAGGAUUAGGGGAUGGGGAUGCCCCCACCACCACCAACGUGAGAAUGAGAUAUGGUUGGGGAGGCAUGUUAGGCACUUUUACAAGAUUGCAUUGUCUAUAUUUGCUUGGAUGCUGGCAUCUGUAGCCCAAAUGGGCAUUCAGCCUUUCUUCUGCUGUGAGGUGAGAGUAAUUCAGAACUAAUGAAUGAGAGGAGGGAGCACUUUGAUCCACAGACUUUGGAUUAACACUGUACCUACUUCUAGCAAGAGGGGACUUCUCUAACAAGCUAGCAUUGUGUUAACCUGUCAUUAACCCCAGCGUUACAGACAGGUCAUGGGAUGUUCACUGUGGCUCUCAGCCUGCCGCUAUUUCCCCACUCUCCCCCGUGCUAGUUUGCUUUCUCCAGAAGAGGAGCUGAGGUGGUCUUAUCCUCAGACAGGACAUGAGAAAUUGGAAUUUGAAAAGCAAGGGCUUCAGCAUCCUUUAGUUUCUAAAGCAAGAUCCAGAAAAGGAUUUAAAAGACUUUAAAGAAUCCAGAAAAGGAUUUCAAAGACUUUAGUUUCAGAAAAGUCCAGCAGGAAGAAGCCAGGAGAAUGUAGAAUGGAAAAGAGCUCUUACUCCAAAUUUUAGAGAAGUUUCAUCUCUACUUCUCAUCUUUUCUCUCCUGGUUUUCUUACUUGAAUGCAUAUUGGUAGUCUGUAUACAUUACUAUGAUUAUGUCUGUCACAAGUCCUACAAAAUAAAAAUGGACUUAAAGUACUCUCUGCUGAGGCUGUAAGUUUUGUUUUGUGAGAAAUAGGUAAAGACAUUAGCAUUUAAUCUACUGGAAGAAGCCAGUUGCUGUGGCUUAUACCUGUAAUCCCAGAUACUUGGGAGGCCGAGGCCGGAGGAUCACUUGAGACCAGCCUGGGCAAAAUAGUGAGACUUCACCUCUAAAAAAAAUUUUUUUUUUUUAAUUUACUUGUCUAAAGUGGGGAAAGGGAAAUUAUUCUGUUUUCUUAUUCUUGCUUCAAGUCUAUGACAGAUUUGAAAGAGAAUUCUAAAGCAGAUUUAGAGAGCCUGCUUCUCUUCUUAUCUCCUAAUCCCUAAAUUGGAAUUUAGCUCUUAUCUGUAUUGUUGUUGUGUUUUGGUAAAGGGAUGAUUUUACAUUGAGUUGUAAAGUAGAAUAAGCCAAGCUUCUAAAAACUUGCAUGGUACUAGGGAUCUGCCCUAUAUCUUUGCCUUUGGUGUUUCGUUGUUGUUGUUGUUAUUGUUUGUUUGUUUCUGAAGAAGUUGGAGUUAAGGACACAAUAUAUUUGUACCCCUAGACUGAAUGGGUGAGUAUUCCAUAUGAGGAUCUGGGUAAUCCUCUUUGCAACCCACAUUUGGUCUUCAGAGACACUGGCAUUUUGAAGAAACAUAUGAUAUAGCUGUUUGGAAAUAAAUUCAUCUAUGUUACCUUUUUUUUUUUUUUUUUGUGAGCAGGAGAUCUUAAUUGACAGAAACUCAUUGGUGGUUGGAGUGGCCAAUGGGCAAGGGAAAAAGUAUCCGGUAAUCAGAAGAAUUGUAUCUGGGUUAUGUAAUCUUAUGCGCAUUCCAUUGUCUUUGCCAAGCUCGUAAGCCACGUUGUGUUCAUUGUCAAGAAAUUUGAUGGAUUUACCCAGCUUUUCUAGUAUGUAUUCUGACUUAUUGAAAAUAUAUAACACUUGAGUCAGGUUGCAACACUGGUGGGGUAGAAUUGACUUUCCCUGAAGGUGACACAGAUAUCAGAAGUGUGUCCAGGGAUUUAAUUUAGACCCAUACUGCCCAGGAGACUGUCUCUAGUUGGAUCUCUGUGCUAACUGACUUCAGUGUCUGUAUGCUGACUGACAGACUCUGGUAGUGUCUAUAUGUUGACCAACUGAUAGACUAGUAGGAUCUGUGUACUGACUGACUCUAGUAGGAUCUGUUUGUCACUGACAGACUAGUAGUGUCUAUGUGUUGACUGACUGACAGACUCUAGUGGUGUCCAUGCGCUGACUGAUAGACUAGUAAAAUCUGGGUGUUGCCUGACUAACGUUAUAGGGUCUGUAAGCUCACAGUCUGCCUGCUUUCUGAUUGUACCCACUGAAGUGUAUGUACAUUAUAGUAAUUCUCUAUUAAAUGUGUCUAACAAAGAAAGGAAUUAAGCACUCCACAUGUUUUCUUUAUAGGGGAGUUCUGUACACUAUGAUUUUAAAUAGACAUUUCUUAUACAGUAGUGGCCAAAUUCUCAUUAUUUUGUAAAAGAUAAAGGUUAUACAUCACUUUUAUGGUAUUUUGUGAACUCAGCUAAGGGAAUGCCUGUUUAGAGCCUGGAGUUGUUACCUUUACUUGAAGUCAUCUCAUCCAGUCCCCUGCUUUAGGGCAGAACUUCAGUUCCGCUGUUCGUUUCUGAAGCUUCUGUGUCCCCAGCUUACCCUGUUCUGGAAUGUUGUAUUCCAUUGGAUAGGGCUGCUAUUUUUAGUCAGCCAUGCAUUUGGCUUUAAAGCUUAAUCUAGUAAGUAAAAAUGAGCAGAAAAUUUGGCAUUUAAAAAUUGAUUUUAAGGGUUGGCAAAAGUAUUAUUUCCAGUAAGCCUUUCACUGGAUACCUGUGACCAAUGUUUACCUAUGCAAUGUUUUUGUAUCUGAAUUGCUUAUGUACAUUUUAUAUUAUGUUGACGUAACAAGAAGAUCAACUUACGCUGGUAUAGUGAUGCUUUUGCUAUGUGGGGCUGAGCAUCUCUGGGUUGAAUGGGAAUGGGUCAGAUUGGGAAGCCUAGGAAUAGAGUUCUACUGCAGAUUUCCUAGGCACUGCUCUAUUGAAAGUAGGAACAUAAGUCUUUAGCAACAUUCUGAUUUAAUUGGGUGACACUGAUAACAAAGUAUGCCACUCAGAUCCAUUUAAAGUGUGCAUAACUGUAUUUGAAAUGUGUUUUUGUGUGUGUGUGUGUGUGUAGAAUGGGUAAAUAAAAUUGUUGAGUAACUUGAACCUA